CCCCCCCCCCCUCCCCCUGCGCCCUGUCCCCGGCAAGCAUGGCCGCCCUGCCUCCCCACGAGGAGCUGCCCGCCGGGCCUGGCAGCGAGGAACCCGGUGACCGCACCGUACUGGCUGUCCACCAACACCCCGAGCCCCCUGCCAUGGGUCUCCCCGCCGUCGACUGGGACCUGAUCCUCUGCGACCCGAGUACGCAGCAUCUGGUCGAAUUCCACCCCCCGAGCCGGUCGGUUGCCUGGCGCCAGGAGGGCCACUCGCCUCCGCCGGCCAGCGAGACUGCCGGGUCUCCGAUGGCCGCCACCGGCAGCCCCGCGGUGGCCCUGCUGCCGGGCCCGACGAGCCCGCGCACCCCGGCCACCGGACCCUCGAACCCGGGCUCCGACUCCGAGGCCUUCUCCCUGGUUUCCGAAGCCCUCUCCUCGUGUGCCUCCUCCGCCGGCGAGGAGGACGACUCCGCGGAGGACCCCUUCUCGCCGGGCAGCGGCGUCGUCACCGACUGGGACUUGGACUUCGGCCUGGACUCGGGCCUGGACUCGGGGCUCAGCUCCGCGGCGCCCGGGUCGCCCAUGGCCCUGGAUGUGGCCGGCAGCCCGGGCCUCCCGACGGAUCUGGCCCCCUGGCCCGCGCCGGUUCCUCUCCCCCGGCUGCCCCCGCUGGGGACCCUGUCGCCGCUGCUGACCCCGGUGUCCGUGUCGCCGGAGGGGUCCAUCCCCCCGGCGGCCGUGCCCUAUCUGUCGCGCUCCGCCUCGCGCCAGUCGCUGGUCCUGGGCAUGGCCUCGGCGGUCGCGCCAUUUGCCGGCGGCGGCGGCGGCGGCGGUGGCGGCGGCUCGACAGCCCCUGUGACCGCCUCGAUGCCGCUUCUGGCCCCGCCGAUCCCCGAGCGGGCGGUCCUCCUGCUUCCCGGCCCGGCCGGGGGGGAUUUCCCGGCCUCGGGCUCCGACCUGGAGGGGGGGGUCCUCCGCGCGGGCCUGGUGCCCGGGCCGGCCCUGGCCACUCGUCUGCUGGCCGGGCCGGCCGUUUCGGCCGCCGACAUGGCGCCCGCCAUGUCGGCCCCCUGCCUCGACAGGCGCCUCAUCCUGGCCACCACGCGCUACAUGUCGCCGGAUUACUUCAGCGCACUGGAAGACGCCCGGCAGAUUGUGCAAAUGCCGGCCGAUCGUCGCCAGCUGGUUGUCCGGCCACGCAGUGGCUCGCUCAGUGGCAGCCCCGAUGGCGGGGCGGUUUCCCGGCUCGGGCGCCGUGCAUCCCUCCACGGGGUCCCGGACGCCGGGCCCGACCACCGGCCUCGUGCGGCCCUCCCCUCGCCGCCCCAUCGGCUGAUGCUGACCUCUUCGGCGGCCGGCCCGCUGGCGGCCACGGCCACCGGCACCCGGCGGCUGUUCAUGCGUCUCGCCUCGCCCGAGGCCCCUGCCGAUGUCCCCCCCGAGGCCAUCCCCCCGCCGGUUCUCCUGCCCAUGAUCCCCGGGUACUAUCGGCAGUUUUUCCGCGAGCACGGCCGCCUUGGCAGCGGGGCCACCGGGACCGUGCACCUGGUGGAGCAUUGCCUGCAUACGGCCCGCCUGGGGCUGUACGCUUGCAAGCAGGCCCCCUUCGGCUGGGGCACCGGGGCCGCCGAGCGGCUGCUGUCCGCGCGCCUUCGCGAAGUGCUGACCCUGGUGCACCUGGGCCGGCACCGCAAUGUCGUGGAGUACAAGCAUGCCUGGGUGGAGCCCUGGCAUGGGGGUGCCCUGGCCACCGGCCGAAGCCCCGGCGGCCCCCCGGCGGCCACCGGCCAGGACCCCGGCGUGCCGACCCUCUUCAUCCUGAUGCAAUAUUGCGAGGCUGGCUCUCUGGAGGACCGGCUCCUGGAGCGUCGGCCGACCGUGGCCGAUGCGGUCGAGGAGCGCCGGCGCCGGGCACGCGAGCGCCGCGCCUCCACCCCGGCCGCUGCCCCGGCCGCUGGCUCGUCGUCUGCGGGCGGGCCGGGCACCGCCUCCGCGGGCUCGGCCCCAGGCCCGGCCAGCGUGCCAGCCUGCCCCCCGACGACGGCCCGUCUCUCCGAGGCCGAGGCCGACUCGCUGGCCGACGCCCUGGAUCGGGCUGUCCACGCGGCCCUCGGCCCGGGGAUCCUGCCGGCGGAUCGUCGAGUGCGCCUGCCGCGCGAGGCGUCCGUGUGGCAUCUCCUGGGCGACAUUGCCGCCGGCCUGGAGCACCUGCACUAUAGCGGGGUCCUGCACUGCGAUGUCAAGCCCAGCAAUGUCCUCCUCACCGAGCGCGGGGGCGGGGUGUCGCAACUGCGCACGGCCCCGGCUCGCGGCGCAUGCUCAGCCCCGGCCACCAGCGUCGCGACGCACCUGCAAAUGACCCCGGCCGAGCGCGUGCGCCGACUCGGCGAUCUGCGAGGGCUGACGGCCCUCCUGUCGGAUUUCGGCGAGGCGACUCCCCUGUCGGAGCUGCUCUCCCGGGCAGACCCCGGCCCACCGGCCGCCAUGGUCUCCGGCGACUCGCCGGGCGCUUCUCCCACGCAUUCCGUCCCGCUGGUCGGGACCCUGGACUACCUGGCCCCGGAAUUGCUGGUCCGCGAUGCCGACUCGACGGCCAGUGGGCCCGGUGGGUCUGGCCCGCAACAUUCGCCAGCCACCGACGUCUGGUCGCUGGGCAUGUUGCUCUUCUGGCUGCUCUUUGGCGGGCUCCCCUUCGAUGGGAACCCGGCCCCGGGCAGCCCCCCGGCCCCGCGCGUGCUCGACCGGCUGUCCUUGCGCCUGGCCCUGGCCGGGCUGAUGCGGGUCCUGGCCGAGGCCGACGAUUUGGCACCCCUGCUCGGGGGCCGGGCCAGUGGCGGUGAUGUCGCCAGCCUGGCGGCCAAGGCGGCCGCCGAGCCGGGCGCCCUGGAUGCCCACUUUGGCCAGGGGGUUUUGGCCUUCGCCCAGUCGGAGCUGGCACACUCGCACGCCCUCCUGCGCCUUCCCUCGGCCGAGGGCAUCCUCCGGGGCUUGGAAGCCGGUGCCUGUGCCGGGUGUGAUGCUGCUCGUCGGGACCCGGCGCUCGAUGCCCUGGAUGCGGGGCUUCUUCUGGGCCGGGCCCGGCGCACGGGCCCGGCGGCCGGCAGCUCGGCCCCAUGUCCCCCGGGGUGGUCCCCCUGCGGGGCCGGCCCGGCUGCGUGUCCGGUGGCCCUCUGGCGCCAGCGCGUGGCCGAUGUCAUCGCCCGGCUGGCUGGCGCCCGGCGUGCGUACUUCGCCGAGCUGGGCCGUUUCUCCGCCGAGCAUGCGGCCCGUCUCGGUCCGGAGGGUGACACCGGCUCCGGGUACCUGCCCCUGGUUCCGACGGCGCCCGCCCACCCGGAGGCGUCCGCCAGCAGUGCGGCCGACAGCACCAUCGCCCCGGGCGCUGCGGCCACGGGUGCUGCUGGCGCUGCCGCCGCCACGGCCGAAAUGCCGGGCCUGGUCCUGUUGUCACUGUUGUUCUCGACCCUGCGCCUGCAGCCGGAAAAGCGUCCCUCCCUGGCCGAGGCUCGGCGCUUGUGGAUUGAGCCGGCUCUGGCGGCCUGCCGGGACUUCGCUGCCGGCGGCGAGGCCGGCCGCCGGGCCGAGCUCCGCCCCCUCGCCAGGUCCCCGUCGGCCGAGGAGGCUGCCCGGGCCGAGGCAGCAGCCGUCGCCCGCGUGCGCGGAUCCACCGACCUGUCGCAGGAUGACUCGGCUGAUCAACUCCCCGACUGGCAUGGGGCUGAUAUCGACGAGGAGCCCGGGCCCGGGCCCGUCAUCCAUGACCAUGGCCAUCCACAGUCCGAUGGCGCCGACGGUGUCCCUCGGCCGAAGCGCCACCUUCACAGUUGGCCGGCUCCCGCGCGUUCGGCCGAGGCCCACGCCUUGCCGACUGCCCAGGCGCUGGAUCACCCGCGCAUUCGCCGGGCUCGAGUCGUUUCGGUAGCCUCACUGGGCCAUCCUGGCGGUCUGGCAGCGUACAUGGGAUUCCUUGGUCUCUUUUACCUGGUUGCUCCGCUGUUGGCGAGCUUGGCACGGCUGUUGGCCGUGCAUCACCAGCUGGUGUCGGCCAACGUCGAUCUUGAGCAGCGUGCCCGGGCCGUGGCCCAGCAGGCUGCCCAUCUGAAGCGCCCGCUGGAGGCCCUGCUCCUCGGACGCCGGGACCUUCUCCAGCAGGCGGACCAGCUGGCCGCCGCGGUGGCGGAGCUGCUGAUCGCGCGCCAUGGGACAAAGGAGCGCCUUGCGCUGGUGCUUGACCGGCUGGAGGACCUUGCCCAGGCACUUCGCCAUGACUUCAAUGCCGACGCCUCGGGCGCGCCUCUCAAGUCGACGCCCCCUCGCGACUCGUCCCCCUUCAUUCGACACACGCACUCCCUCCUGCAGCAGCUUCUCCGCCCGGUGGAGCCGCUGGUGGAGUCGGCCCUGGGGUUGAAGCUGGAAGCCCUGCAGGUGCUGAUGCGCCAGCAGCACUUCCCGCCGUUGGCCUCCAUCGCUCGGCGUCUCGUUCGCUUGAUGGAAGCCCGUCCCCCUCCAGCCCUGGCCAGCCGGGCGUCCAUCCACAGCUCGGCCUCGGCCCUGCACGUCAUCGACCAUAUGCGUCGAGAAUUGGCCGAGCUCUCCGGGCCCUCGGCCUCGGGGGAGGCCCUCCUUGCGCAGCUCCACUCGACUCCGCCAAGUCACUUGGCCCAGGAGGGCUGGCGCCCGGAUUCCCUGCGGCGUGUGGUCAAAGCCCUGGAUUGGGAUGCCGUUCAGCAGGACCUUCGAGCUCUGGAUGCCAUGGUGACCCUCGGCCCGGGGGGGCAUCCCGCCAUGGUGUCGGGCCCGGACACAGCCCUCCCUGGUGUUCAUGCUGCCGGGCUCCUGGCCGGGGCCAUCCUGCUGCUGCUGCUUCUUGAGCUGCUCUGGCUGCGGACAGCACGGCGCCUGGUGUGCCGUGCUGUCCCGGCAUGCGCCACCGAUGCCUCCUCCAACCAUGCAGGCAGCAUGCCUGCUCCUUCGGACUCGGCCCACGGCUUUGCCGAGGCCCCUGGCCGGGACUCCGUGCCUGGCCCCAAUCGCCCCCGUGACUCCAAUUCGGCGGCUGCCCCGGGGGAGUCGCGUUCGACCGCCACCGGCAGCAGCACGGACACCGCUCCAAAUGGCCAGACCAUUGUCCAACGGCGACGCCCGAUGGGGCUUCGCUGGUCUGGGCCGGCUCUCGAACCAGACCAGUCGCCCGGGCCGACCGUGUGCGCCGCCCUGACCGGCGUGCUUGUGGAUGGGUUUCAUCGCCGGAUCGAGCCGGCCCUUCGGCGAGCCCGUGCGGCUGGUCAUGAGCGACUCGCCGACCCGGGGUUCCUGGGCAUCCUGGCCCUUGUGCUGGUUGCGGGCUAUUGGAUGUUCUGGCGGUCAUUGGAUCAGGCCCUGCGGUCGCUUGAUGGCGGGGCCGGCAGCUCCGGCUUCGAAGCAACUGCAGCCGUGAUGACCCUCGGCCUGUUGGCGAUGCACAUCGGGGCCCUGUUUUUAUCCUCGCCCGCCUGAGUUGCGAUCCUGCUCCGGGGGGCACUUGCUCUCGGGCACCGGAUGUACGGACGCCCACUGCCGCGUCUCUUCGGUGACAUCGUCCGCCCCCCUUUUCCAUUCCCCCCUUGCCCCCAACAUUUAAGUUCCCUCCUUGCUGCUGGAUAUUCCCCG